AUGAGUGGCUUGUAUUGCCGCCAAGUCCGUACACCUAGGCACAAGGUACCACCAGACAAAUCGGAUCAUCACCUCCGCCGUCCAAUACCCGCUCGACGGUUCGUUCGCCUCCGUCGAUACGCAGGCAUCACAAAUUGCCCGCACUUUUCGGCGCGCAUCCUCAACCGUGCUAUGUCGGUUGACUCGCGCACGUUAUCUGUUUAUGGCUCUAGUCGGUUCUGCGGAGCCUGUUUAGACACUGGGGCUGAAAAGAGUGUUAUUGGUUAUGCGCAGGCAAAGGCUUACUGUAAAACGUUUGGCACACCAAUGCAUCUCCAGCCCUCACCGUUUUUCUACAAGUUUGGUGAUGGUAUCAGAAGCAGCCUCGGAACCAUGGAGAUACGGUUGCCAUUCGCCCCUGGAUAUUUCGUACCUCUCUCCGUUGAUGUGGUCUCAGCUGAUAUCCCAUUGCUCAUCGCCCUCGACACUCUAGAUAGCCACAAGCUGUUGGCUGACAACGUCAAAAAUAGUCUGGUAUGCACAACCAUUGGCUCGUCAAUGCCAAUCAGACGCGAUCAUGGCCACCUCUUCGUGAAAUGGCACACACCAGAGGCACUGUUCACCACCUCUGAACUGAGACGUCUGCAUCUUCAUUUCUUUCAUCCUCAGGCGCAGCGCCUGUACCGAAUGUUGCGCAGAGCCCGACCAGAAGAGGUCAAUGGCGAAACCAUGCGGGUGCUAGAGGAGAUCGCGUCGGCCUGUCGUGGCUGUAAGCAGCACUCAUCGAGACCAUAUCGAUUUCGAGUCUCUAUACCGCCGAACACGAUUGUGUUCAACGAGGAGGUUGCCUUAGACCUGUUUUGGAUUGAAGGGAAUCCAAUUCUCCAUGUUGUUGACACCCGCACAAAUUUUCAGAAUGUUGCCCUUCUCAAGGGACAGUCUGCCUGCUAUGUGUGGUACGCCUUUGUCAAAGCAUGGUCUUCUGUUUACGUGGGGUAUCCUAACCGCAUGGGCGCCGAUCAGGGGUCCGUUUUUACUUCCAAAUUAUGGGAGGAUGUUACCUUGAUGCAUGGUAUUGAGCUCCAAAUGUCAGGGGUAGAAUCGCACAACUCACUUGGUGUGGGCGAACGAUAUCACGGUCCUAUCAGACGCAUCUUUCGCGUACUGCGAACGCAGUAUCCCCAACUGGAUUCCGAGGUUUCUCUGCGGCUGGUAGUGAAAGGUGCCAACGACACCCUCGGACCGGAUGGACACGUCCCCUCGAAACUAGUGUUUGGUGUCGAACCCGUCUUUCCUGUAUUAAAUUCAUCUCUCCCUGCACAGAGAGAGCGAAUGUAGGCCCUGCAGGCAGCCCGAAAGGAAAUGGCCACAAUUGCAGCUGAGCUCCACCUCACACGUGCACUCAAGGCUAAGCUCCCACCCGCGACAAAAUACAAUAUCGAGCCUGGCGACGAUGUGUUAGUUUACCGUGAAAACGAGGGCGAAUGGCAAGGUCCGUAUACUGUCGAAAAGAUCGUCGACAAGCACGUUUUUGUAGACUGAAAGGGUACGGAGAAACAGUUCAAUAUUGUCCAGGUUGUUCCCGCACCACAAUGCCAUGGAGAUAAGGCGCUGCACAGACUCCUUGACGGGAUGGCCCAGUGCCGAUCUAAUCCACCUCCCGGUGUUUUUGUCAGUGAGGUACUUCAUCCUGCCGAUCCCCGUGCACAUUCGGGCAUGUUUGAUGAGGCAAAAAACAGGAGAUGGAAGGACUCGCCAAACGCGGAGUGUACGAAAUUGUUUGCUGGGAGGACGCUCCCGAAAACGCAAAUACUUUGGGCGGUCGUUUUGUCCUCGCAAUCAAAAAUGCGAAGUCUGAACAAGAAGUCUACAGGGUGCGAUAUGUUGUCCAAGGAUAUACCGACACCGAAAAAAACCUAUUGGUACACGACAGCACAAAUUUGGGCCAAUCUUCCAUUCGCGUGCUCGUGGGUAUUGCAA